AAGUAACAAAACAAAACUACAGGUAAAAUUGGAAAAUUAAUGGAAAAAAGCAAAGGGCCUCGAAAAGAGCUGUAAAAGAUGUCCAUGUGGAAUGCAGUGUCUGCUGGCUUUCAAAUAGUCCAAGAAAAGCUAGAUAAAGCAUUGGGAGAAGAAGGGGAUGAGCAGAAAAGCACAGACACCUCCCACCCUGAUGAUGAUAAUGUGACCACUGACCAAUCGUCAGAGGCUCCAAAAGGUGUCGAUCUAGCAGCAGCACUAAAAGAGGCGGAGCAACAGAACCAGUUACUAAAUUUAGAAUAUUCGCGCCUCCUGAGAGAGAAAGAGGAAGAGUUGUCAAAGCUACGGGAACAAAGUCAGUUGCCGAGUGAUGUGACAAAAUUACAAACACAGCUAAUUGAAAAGGACAAAGAAUUAAAAGAGUUAAGUAUUAAAGCGGAGUCAAAGUUUAAUAAACUUAAAACUCAAGCGAAAACAAAGAUAUCAUCGCUAACUGAUGAGCUAGAAAAAGUGAAAGGAGAGCUAUCAAUGCAACAAAGUUUUAAUGUCUCCAUGAGUUCAGAAGUUGCUGUAGACGAGACGAUGAAAGAGAGAGUCUCAGAACUGAACGAAGAGUGCAGACUGGUGAGGGAAAGAAUGGAAGAGAAGGAAAGGGACUGGAAAGAGAAAUUAGAAAAGGAGAGGUAGAGGACUUCUCAGACAAUAAAGGAAAA